AGUUGUCGUGAAUUCAGGUCUUGACAUAGGAACGGCGGAAUCUAAGACCGACUCAUUAGUAAACCAUCUAUUAACUCGCGCACUUGGAUUCGAUGGAUGGCCAUUUGGUGUUAGAAUAAAAGAAAACUACAAGCUGGCCAUUAAUGAUAAGAAAGUGUCUGCAAGUCCUGAUUUUGUAGUGGAUAUGGGUGGAAUUACUAUUUUAGUAACAGAGGAUAAACAUUUGAAAAAUGUUUCGUUACCUGACUAUGGUGAAGCGCAAAUACUUGCUGAGUUACUCGCUUGUGGAUGGGAAAAUUUGGAUCGAUCUGGGUCUGGGAAAUAUAUCGAUCAGACUAUUUAUGCAAUCCGUGUCAUCUCUUCAUAUGUGACAUUUUACAAAGCUGAGAUUCCUAAAGCGUAUUGGAAAGAACUCAGGAGAGGCUUACCGCAUAAGCAAUCAAUUGAGAUUUUAAGAUGGCCGGGGAAAAUACAAAAGAAUCUGGUCUAG